AUGAAAGGAGAGCCGCUUCCACUCUGCUCUCAUCUGGAAUCACCUCCAGACCAGCAGCAGCCCAUACAGAUCCACUCUAAAAUAAAUCCACCUUGUCUGACAGAAAUUCAGGGAUUCACUGAGCCUCAGUGGGAAGGAGGAAAAUAUUUCAGGAAGAGCAUCAGGGUGAUGAGCAUCAAGCCCGCAGAUAUCAUUCUCACACAUCAGAAGAGCAAGGAAGCCUCCACAUCAUGUGGCCACCAUACCCCGUCUUCUGAAUGGAUCUCAUUCCACUGUGCUUCAGAAGCUCCCUGGAAGAAGCAUCUGACUGGUGAAUCCAUCCAAUCUGUUCCUCCUGUCUUGCUGGAAGUGAAAGAUCAGACUCUGUUCAGAGAUAUUCAGGAGUUUUGUGAAAUCAGACCAAGCACUCAGAGAAACUCUCAGGCUCGCUCAGUGCUCAACAAUGUCCUAACAUGCUUCAGUGGUCAGAGGGAGCCACUGGAUGAACUGAAACACCAUGAAAUACAACACAUCAGACGACGAGGGAGAAGAAGACUGAUAGCAGCUGUGAUCAACUGCAGAAAAGCUCUAUUUUCUGGCUGUAAUCUCACUGUUCAGUGUUGUGAGAGUUUGUCAUCAGCUCUACGAUCCUCAAACUGUGUCCUGAGAGAGCUGGAUCUGAGUAACAAUGACCUGCAGGACUCUGGUGUAAAGUUUAUUUCUGAUGGACUGAAGAGUCUAAACUGUCAGCUGCAGAUACUGAGGUUGUCUGGCUGUAUGGUGUCAGAGGAAGGCUGUGGUUAUUUGUCUUCAGCUCUGAGUUCAAACCCCUCACACCUGAGAGAGCUGGAUCUGAGCUACAAUCACCCAGGACCAUCAGGAGUCCAGCUGCUCCAACACAAACUGGAGGAUCCAAACUAUAAACUGCAGAUACUCAAUUUGGAUCAUAGGAGCGAGAAGAUGAUGACAGCAGGACUACGAAAAUAUGCCUGUGAUCUCACACUGGAUCCAAACACAGCACACACUCAACUCAUUCUGUCUGAUGAGAACAAGAAGAUCACAUGUGUGGAAUAUCCUCAGCCGUAUCCUGAUCAUCCAGAGAGAUAUAAAAAGGUUCCUAGGGUUCUGAGUGUUGAGAGUCUGACUGGACGCUGUUACUGGGAGACUGAAUGGAGCGGAUAUUAUGCUGGUAUAUCAGUGUCAUAUAAAGGAAUCAACAGGAAAGGAUGGAGUGAUGACUGUGUAUUUGGAUUCAAUGACAAAUCUUGGAGUCUGUACUGUUUUGAUAACAUAUUCACUGUCUGUCACAAAGAUAACAGAACUAUUAUACCUGUCGUCCCUUCAUCCUCUAAUAGAGUAGGAGUGUAUGUGGAUGUGUCGGCUGGCUCUUUGUCCUUCUACAGUGUCUCUGACACACACACACUCACACACUUACACACAUUCAACACCACAUUCACUGAACCCCUCUGUGCUGGAUUUGUGGUUUAUCCUGGUUCUUCAUUGUCUCUGUGUGAUAUUAAACAGCCUCCUGUGAGAAUCAUUGGUGAUCCACAUGUCACCAGGUGACUGAAAUAUACUGGGUGUCUUAGUGAAAGAUUUUUAAGACUGUGACUAAUAGUUCAGGACUCUGUUCUUCAGAUAUCACUGAAUAUGCCCCAGUUGAU